AUGGAGUAUGUCUCAAAGUGGGUGGAAGCUAUAGCCAUGACCACGUGUAAUGCUCAAGUUGUCCUUCGAUUACUAAAGAAGCACAUAUUCACUAGGUAUGGAGUACCUAAGGGUCUGGUUAGUGAUGGUGGCAGCCAUUUUUGUAACAAACAGAUGGAGAAACUACUCCACAAAUAUGGGGUGAUGUAUAAAGUAGCCACACCAUAUCACUCACAGACAAAUAGCCAAGCAGAGCUUGCAAAUACGAAGUUGAAGAGGAUUUUGGGGAAGACUGUGGGAGCAACCAGGAAAGAUUGGGCCAGAAAACUAGAAGAGCUUGAACAUAAAGCUUUUUGGGCCACUAAACUCCUGAACCUUGAUUCUCAAGUGGCAGGGGAGAAGAGGCUGCUACAACUAAAUGAGUUGGAUGAGUUUAGGCUAGAAGCUUACGAAAAUUCUAAGAUAUACAAGGAAAAAGCUAAGAUGUGGCUUAAGGUUUUCCCUGGCAAGCUCAAAUCCAAAUGGACUGGUCCAUAUUUGGUGACAAAGGUUUUCCCCUAUGGAAGCCUUGAAUUGCUAGACGAAGUAACAAUGAGUCAUUUCACAGCAAGUGGUCAUAGGGAAAAGCAUUACUUGGGAGGCCAAUGGGACAAAGAAAAGGAGGUUCAGAACUUGAAUUGA